AUGGCAAAGCCAAAACGCUCAGCGCCACCACCACAACAGCCAUGGGCCAUUGAGGAUCGAGCAUCACCGCAGGAGGCUCUUGACUACAGUAUGAAACGAGAAGCUAUUGAGAGUAGCCGUAGCGAAAAAGCAGACCGUGGUGACACAUCCGAUGUUGAGCCAAGCGAUGACGCUGAAUCUGAGAAAAGCAAUUCGAACAGUUGCUCGCCUCCAUCGUUGGCUGAAGUGCAAACGCGUCCAAAUGUUAUACAAAAUCCUGUACAUCGCGGUGGAGGUCUUUGGGUCCCUCCUUCAACCCCUGCAGCAGCCGCCACUGCUGCUACUGCCGCUGCUGCCACAAGAAUUACGGCAUCAGGGCGACCAAGCGAUGCUCAGCCGAUCCUGGCUGCAACUGCUGGAAGUGGUUUUGGGAAUUACAAUGGAAUUUAUGGAACUCAGGAGGUGAAACCUAUUUUCUCCGCUGCUACUCCAGCAUUUGGAGCUGGCAGUCUUUCUGCA